AUGCUCGUCGAAGCGAAGCGGCAUCCGGAGAGGUCACCGAUCGCGGCGUACGCGGCGUCGCUCCCGCGGGAGCCCGCGCGGACGCCGGCGCUGUGCGACGACGACGAAAUUGAAGCGCUCGUACCGAUGCUCUCGCUGUAUCUGGUGGAUCAGAUUGAUAGCGCGCGACAGGAAUUCGCACUGGCGUACGAUGAUGCGCGCGCCAUCGUGCGCGAAAUCGACGGUGAAGACGAUCUGGACGAGGGAGAGUUUGCGCACGCGUGGUCCAUGGUGCGCAGUCGCGCCAUCACGUUUGAGGUGCGAAAGGGUGAUAGCGGGGAGGUUAUACGAAAGAGAUGCCUCGUACCCGUGUGCGACAUUCUGAACCAUUCACCCACGAGCGCGGUGAGUGGCCCAAACGUGCGCAUAGAGUCGACGGAUUCGGGGGCGAAGUGGGUGACGACGCGAGACGUCGCCGCGGGCGAGGCGCUGCGUUGGACGUACGGCGAACUGUCGAAUGAAGAGAUGUGGUUAUGGUACGGUUUCGUGCCGUCAGAUCCCGUGCACGACGACUGCUCGGUAGUGUUCAACCUUCCAGACGCCGUGUUCUCCAACGGUCUCAACGCCGUUGCGAAGGAUGACAAGGCGGAAACCGCGGCGCUGCGUCGCGAGCUGCUCACGCGCGCCGGCGCGCUGGGCCUCAACGAGGGGGAGGAACUUUCAUUCGUCAUCAGCAUGCGCGCUCUGCCGACGGUUUUGGGAGGAAUAGCCGGUAUCAUGUGUUGCGAGGCCGAUGAAGUCGUCUCCAUCGCGGCGUCCGCCGUCAUUUCAACGAACGGCGGCGGCGACGGGGAGCUCUUUCAACUCAGACCCGAGAGUCGCCGCCGCGCGGGUCGUUACGUCGCGUGGCUUCUGAAUCAGGUCGAGUCGUUCGUGUGCGGAGCCACGGACGAAGAGGUGGAAGAGUACGAGCGAACUGCCGCGGCGGUGGGUGGGGAACACGAGGAGAGAUUUCGAAUAGCGAAGGCUAUACGCGUCGGCGCCCGGGCGACGUUUGCCUCGACCCAACGCGCGCUCGCGGAGGAUGAACUUCUCGCAAACGGAUCGUGGAUCGACGACGCGACGAAGAAAUUAGUCGCUAGUGCCCCUCGAGUAGUGUAG